GGAGGGAGACGCCGUUCGUGCAAUCGAAGAUCUCAUUACUCGCCCACCGCCUGUCAACAAGUACGACGCAAUGAAGCGUCGGCUGCUCGAAACCUUCGGCGAGUCAGAGGAUUCAAAAAUGGGACGGCUGCUCCGGGGUGGAGACAUGACUGGGAAGAAGCCAUCUGAAAUCUUGCUUCACUUGCGUCGCUUGGCACCCGCUAGUGGAUGCGAAGCCGUUAUACGAAACCUCUUCCUCACCGAGUUGCCUCCGUCGAUUCGUCCGCUCAUUUCGGUUUGGGAGGAGAAUGAUCUGGACAAGCUGGCAAAGAUUGCCGACAAGAUGAUCGAAAAUAGUGCCAUCGAGUCCAUGUGUGUUAUGUCGACUCAACCCAAUUCCGCUGAGCAUAUUCAGCAGAGCGUCGAUGCUGUCCUCGAACUCGACCUGGGCCUGGAUCGUUCGUUUAAAUGGUCAUUUGACAUCGCUGACUUCCUAGCACAGUUCCAGUUGCUUAUUGAAAUCAAGAAACAACGUCUCAACAUCUCGCAGGAUUUUGUUUCGCCAAAUAUCGACAAAACGCAUUAA